AUGUCGUCACGACGACCGGACUCCAAGGCGUCGGCCAAGAACAACGCAGGAGCGGCGCGAAGGGCGAAGGAGCGUAGGAACAACCCUUCGGGCCAAGCUUCAGGUCCAGCUCCUCCAGUGCCAUCUUCACAUCAUAGUGAAGAUGGCACAUCGCCCUUGGAUGACGAGACUAGUCUCCCAGGAUGUGGCGCAGAGAUCAUCGCCUUCGGUCCUUCCUAUCCAAUAUCGCUAUCAUUAUCGUUCUUUCGCGAACCACGACUUUCGCUCUUGCCGGCAUCAUGUGUCAUUCUUCCUCAGGGCUGGUACCGUGCUAGAGAUGAGAAUGAUUCAACAUAUUUCUACACCGUCUGCGGCAAGGCGCAAUGGGCUCGACCAACCCAGCCUGCAAGUAUGGCGGCAUCGAGUGAAUGUACGAGGGAAGCGCAAACCGCCGCAUCCUUGUCAAGUGACAUCGUACACCCCGGAGAGAUGAUUGUUCUGCCGGAAUCUUCGUGCAGCUACCAAAGCAACAAAGAACUAGCAGCACAUAAGGAUAAAGAUGGAGAUGACAAUGCCGUUGAAGAGAGGGACAAUUGCGAAGUUGGGGAGGAGAAGGAGGACGGUGAGAUAGACGAAGAGGUAGAGGACAAGUCGGAAAUUGCCCACAAAGGCAAGGGAAAGGAACAAGCGAGAGCCGCUGAAGAUCACGACAUAAGCGCGUACAAGGGAAAAGGCAAGGAGAAAGGGCUGGAAGAAGAAGACAAAGACGAAAGCGAGGAGACCGGAGACAGCGAACGCAAAAGCAUCUCGUUGGCCGCUAAUCUAAAGCGUAAGCACAUCUCGUUGGCCGAUUACCAAAAGCGCAAGCGAGUUCCGAGCGUACAGGAAUCUGGACUUCAAGAUGUUCGAGGCAUCUCUGCACAGCGCACAGUCAAAUACUCCCGUUCGGAUACCAACAAUACCAUUUCUCACGACAAGAAACAUGAUAACGUAUCAUCCACCAUAAAUCGACUGUCCGUUCUUGGCCGCAGGAAUGCUUCUGAAUCGCCACCUCUCGCCCGCCGUGACAAACGGAAAGCCGCUUACGCCUUCUCCGCCGAGGGAAAGCUUGGGCUCUAA